GAUAACUGGUCACGGUCACCCCAUCUCUGCCCUAAGCCGCCGCACAAGUCUCAGAACUCGUGUACUGGCGUCGACGCUACCGUCGCUCUGAUAGGGUUUUUCCGAUAGGAGGAAACCUUCCUAACCAUUGCUACUUUCCAUUUCAUUUUCAUUUUCCAGGAUUUAAGGUUUUAGCGAAAUGUCGGAUGACGAAGCGAGGGAGGAGAAGGAGUUGGAUCUCACUUUCCCAGACGUUGUUACCAAGUACAAGACCGCGGCAGAGAUUGUUAACAAGGCCCUUCAAUUGGUGGUAUCUCAGUGCAAGCCCAAAGCUAAGGUUGUUGAUCUAUGCGAGAAAGGCGACUCCUUCAUCAGAGAGCAAACUGGUAACGUGUACAAGAAUGUGAAGAGAAAGAUUGAAAGGGGCGUAGCUUUUCCAACAUGCAUUUCUAUCAAUAACACCGUGUGCCAUUUCUCACCCCUUGGCAAUGACGAGAAUGUACUGGAAGAGAAUGACAUCGUUAAAAUUGACAUGGGGUGUCAUAUUGAUGGGUUUAUUGCUGUGGUAGCACACACUCAUGUUAUACAGGAAGGACCAGUGACUGGUAGAGCAGCAGAUGUGAUUGCUGCUGCCAAUACAGCAGCAGAAGUUGCCUUGCGCCUUGUGAGGCCAGGAAAAAAGAAUAAGGAUGUUACAGAAGCUAUUCAGAAGGUAGCUGCAGCUUUUGAUUGCAAAAUUGUGGAAGGAGUGCUUAGUCAUCAGUUGAAGCAGUUUGUAAUUGAUGGAAACAAAGUAGUUUUAAGUGUUGGAAAUCCAGAAACACGCGUUGAUGAAGUGGAAUUUGAAGAAAACGAAGUGUAUGCAAUUGAUAUUGUGACAAGUACUGGUGAAGGAAAGCCAAAACUGUUGGAUGAGAAGCAAACUACUAUUUAUAAAAGAGCUGUCGAUAAGAGCUAUCAGUUGAAAAUGAAGUCUUCAAGAUUCAUUUUCAGUGAAAUAAGCCAAAAGUUUCCAAUCAUGCCAUUUACUGCAAGGGUUUUGGAAGAGAAAAGAUCUCGACUUGGACUUGUUGAAUGCGUGAGCCAUGAUCUUUUACAGCCAUACCCUGUGUUGCAUGAAAAACCUGGGGAACUUGUUGCACACAUCAAAUUUACAGUAUUAUUGAUGCCAAAUGGGUCAGACAAGAUUACCUCUCAUCCACUUCAACAGAUGCUGUCUACCAAGUCAAUUGAUGACCCUGAAAUUAAGGCAUGGCUGGCCUUGGGGACAAAAACAAAGAAAAAAGGUGGAGGAAAGAAGAAAAAAGGGAAGAAAGGCGAUGCACAAGAUGAAUCUGAACCAAUGGAUACUACAAAUAGCACUAGUGCUUAGUGGAUAAGAAGCCAAUUUUUUUUCCUGUUAUUUGAACUUGGCUUCUUCCAGCACCUCCCAACUUUUCGAUAAUUUACUUCAAAAUCAUAUUGGAAACUAAAACAGAUUACUUUGCUUGUGAUGAAAAGAUUUUGGUAUUUAUGAAAUUCAAAUGUUUUCAAUUA